CAGUUUUUCCUGUUUCGGCAGGGGUGGUGAGCCUGUGGUAUUUCUGAGACGCACGAAACCGUGCAAGAGAUCGGAGGCAGAAACAUGGCUCGCCGUCUCACCGAAGACCAGCUUGCGGAAUUCAAGGAGGCCUUCUCUCUGUUCGACAAGGACGGGGACGGGGCCAUCACCACCAAGGACCUGGGGACCGUCAUGAGAUCUCUCGGCCACAACCCAACCGAGGCCGAGCUCCGGGCCAUGAUCCACGACAUCGACACCAACGGCAACGGCACCGUGGACUUCCCGGAGUUCCUGGCCCUGAUGGCAAAGAGGGUGAGAGAGACGGAUAGUGAGGAGGAGAUCCGCGACGCCUUCCGGGUGUUCGACAAGGACGGGAACGGUUACAUCUGCGCGGCCGAGCUGCGGCACGUCAUGACCAACCUCGGGGAGAAGCUCACCGAAGAAGAAGUGGACGAGAUGAUCAAGGAGGCCGACAUGGAUGGGGACGGGAGAGUGAAUUACGAAGAGUUUGUGCGGGUGAUGCUGGAGAAAUGAAGGACGUUCCAGGUGUCGCGUCGGCCAGCAUCCAUGAGAAUUGUUCUGAACUUGAAGACAUCCCAUUUCCUUCAGCUGCAGCCCAAACCUGAUUGGAACGUGAAUAUUGGAAACCAAAAACGUCCGGCCACAAAAGCUGAGAUCGGCCCUCUCAUCCUGGGUUGCUUGGUUUGUCUUUACUUUGCACAAGAUCUGAAGACGAUUCAGCUCCCAGCAAAAUAUCUAGGAGAGCAACAGAACUGGCAAAGCUUGAAGAAGAACGCUCUCGAUUCGAUUCUUCCCAGUGAAAUUGGACAUGCACUUCAGGAAACUAUCUCUGGUCUUUAUGGAUGAUGCCUUUUGGGCCUUGGUGGAAAUUAAUAAAUUAAUUCUUGCCCUGUU